AUGUUAAUAUGGGUAAAGAGAUGCACUGUCGAAACAACAACAACAACAACACUCAAAACUUCAACUAUUACCACAACCGUCGAAACAACUAUUGUUGCUCCACCGCAACCAGCUUCUCCACCACCUACAUUAGUUACUCCACCUUCAUCUACUACAACAUUUUCUCUAACUUUUGCUGGUGUAAUGCAAGAACCUAUUGCUUCACUUUUCUCAUCUCAAUUAACUGAAUCUGAGAAAACCAUUAACAAAGCUAAAGUAGAUGAUGAUAAUGUCAUGAUUCUUAACUCCAAAAUGAAUUAUAUUCUUCAAUUUUUAGCUGAUACUGGAGGCAAGAAUUCACUUAAUGGGGUUGAAGUUAAAUAUCUUCUCAAGUAUCAAGAUUCUCUUUUGAGAAAAAUCAUUGAAAGUGUUGAUAAGAAACAUGAAGAGAGAAUGGAUAAUCAGUCUUGCAUUCUUGAUUAUGAGAUUAAUAAGCUACGUGAAUUUGCGAAAGUGCGUCAUGAGCUCUUUGUGCAGCAAUUGUUUAAGUCGAAAUCUUCUCUUGAGCUUCAGGAUAACAAGGUGUUUGAGAAAGUUGAAGAAUUUUUAUCUGAUUUUAAAGAGACAUUAUCGGAAGUUGAUCUUUCGACUCAAUCUUCUAUUUUUGAAGAUUCGAUUUUUGCUAUGGUUUCGAACAUCGAGUCAAGUAUGAAGGCUGAGUUAGCUUUGAUCCUGAAUUUGGUACUUAGACUACCAACAAAUGCUCCACAUCCUAUGUACGUCUCACAAGGGGUGGAUAGAGGUGUUGGUGUUGGUUCGCCUAAGGGAUCUGGAGAAGAUUCAAGAGUAGUUGUGGGGAAAGUGAUGCCUGCGUAA